CCCCAUGCGGCAACGCAAAAACCCAAUCUACUACUUAAUUUACGUCUUUAAUUCUUACCCUAUUACCUGGAAUAUAGCGUUCGUAGUUGAUUACUAUUCGUUACACGGCCAUCCCGCGUCUCAUCCUCCAACGUCACACGUGAAGGUAAGCUGUAACACCUCUCAUAAAUAGUAGGAGGCUAUUAUAUCCCAAGAAUUAUACUCCGUAUGACAGGGACCACGCCAGGCUCCAC